AUGGGUGGCGGGCACGGAAUCCGCUCAGUCGUGUAUUACGUGAAUUGGGCGCCCUAUGCACGCAAUCACCACCCCCAAGACCUGCCCGCCGAGAAUCUCACUCACGUCCUUUACGCCUUUGCCAACGUCAAACCUGACAGCGGCGAGGUCUUUUUGACGGAUCCUUGGUCUGACACCGACAAACAUUACGACGGUGAUAGCUGGAAUGACUCGGGGACGAACGUGUACGGGUGCCUGAAGCAACUGUUCCUCCUGAAGAAGAGAAACCGCAACCUCAAAGUGCUAUUGAGUAUUGGUGGCUGGACUUACUCCUCAAACUUCGCUCAACCGGCCAGCAACCCCGGGGGCAGGAAGCAUUUUGCAGAGACGGCGGUCAAACUGCUGGAGGACCUUGGAUUCGACGGCAUCGACAUCGACUGGGAAUACCCCAAGAAUGAAAGUGAGGCGGAAGACUAUGUCAAGCUCCUUCAGGAGACCCGCCACGCCCUCGACGCGGCAGCUGCCAAGCGUCAUCAUACGAGGUUUUACUUGACUGUCGCAUGCCCUGCUGGGCCGUCCAACUUUGAGAAACUCAAGAUCGCCGAGAUGGACCGCCUGCUUGACUUUUGGAACCUGAUGGCAUAUGACUAUGCCGGAUCGUGGGAUCAGCGAGCGGGACAUCAAGCAAACCUGUUCCCUUCGCGAUCCCACCCUCAGUGUACGCCGUUCAGCACCGUGGCUGCCAUCGAACAUUACACCAGGCACGGGGUGCAUCCGUCCAAAAUUGUCCUGGGAAUGCCCCUGUAUGGCCGAGCCUUUCUAUCGACUUCCGGACCCGGACAUCCGUUCAAUGGGGUCGGCGAAGGAAGCUGGGAGCAAGGUGUCUGGGAUUACAAAGCACUUCCAAAGCCUGAUAGCACCGAGUACCACGAUCGUGAUGUCGGUGCCAGCUGGAGUUACAGCCCUUCCUCGAACACCAUGAUAAGCUACGAUACGCCUGACUUGGUAGCUCAGAAAGCGAACUUUGUCCGAGAUUAUGGCUUAGGCGGUGGCAUGUGGUGGGAGAGUUCGGCCGACAAGGCAGUCGGACAGGGUAGUCUGAUUGAGACAUUCCUCAGGCAGAGUGGUGGGCCGAGUCGACUGGAAGAGAUCAAGAACUGCCUUGAAUACCCUGAGACCAAAUACGACAACUUGCGGAACAAGUUCGAAUAA